AUGCCCAUCGUAUAGCUCACCACGCCUAGAGCAUUUGACGCAAACCAGGCGCGGUGCAUGUUCCAGAUCGCGCGGGGUACCUGUAGCUGGGAGUGAAGCUCUUGCAGGUAUUUCGAACACACAAGCCGAGUUUGGCUGGCGCGCACGAUGGUGACAUGGAGAUGUGGGCACCCCGGAUGCGGGAAGCACUCGUCGUACGGCGUCAAGGGCACAAAAGAACGGGAAUUCUGCGGCCGGCAUGCUAAGAUGGGGAUGGUGGACGUCCGAAGCAAGAGGUGCGGCCACCCUGGCUGCGAGAAGCACCCAUCCUACGGAGCUGAGGGCACAAAAAGGGCCGAGUUCUGUGCCUCGCACGCGGCGGAAGGGAUGGUGAACGUCAGUAACAAGAGGUGUGGGCACCCGCGUUGCACCACGCGGGCGAGCUUCGGCGCAGAAGGAUCGAGGAAAGCAGAAUUCUGUUCGCGACACGCGAAGGAUGGGAUGGUGGACGUCUGGAGCAAGAGAGGUCGGUGCACCUACCAGGGCUGCGCCACGCGGGCGCACUUCGGCUUCGAUGGCUGCAGGAAGGCAGAAUUCUGUUCGCGACACGCGAAGGACGGUAUGGUGGACUUCAGGACCAAGAAGCACGGCCGCGAAAUUAUUUCUGUGUCCGAGCAAGGGCCGCCCAGCGAGGGACAGAGGGGAAUGAUGCACGAACUUUUUGGUGGUGGCCAGAGCGUCUCCUCAGGACCAACUUCGACAGGAACGGGUAAUAGGGGCAGCAGCAGCAGCAGUGGCGGUACGGAUCGGUUCGCCGACGAACGAGCUCCGGCGGAGGAGAGGGAGGAGACAGCCGCUGCGGCUUGGCUGUUCAUGGGGCUAAGGAUGAAGAAGAGGGUUGCUGACGAUGUUGGAUUAUAAUGCGCCCCCCGAGGUUUCGCGUAGCGCAGGGCAUGCAGCGCAGUUCGGGCGGCCUGUGCCAGGUUCCGUGGCGCCGGCGCGGGAUGAAGAUGUGAUUCCGGUGAGGGCGGGACGAUGAUGGUGGGGGGUUUAGGCGGCGGCGGCUGUUUUUAUCCGUGGUGCAAAAGUAUUUUGUCUGCCACCGGUAAGGCGUUCGCGCCCCUGUAGUUCUCUACUGGAUCCAUACAGGCAUGAGAUCGACAGCAGUCUACACACAGGGGAAUUUGGAAUGUUGUUCUUGGCUUAGGGUUGUCGAGCUUGUUCCUCGAGUGUACUCUAGUCAAAUUAAUCAUGUACAAAUGUUCUGCCACGUUUUCCUGUGUUGAUCUGUGGAGAUAUUUUGCUUUGUUCUGCCGUGUGACGAAACUUCGGGUGCGUCGCUUGAUUAGCGGAGUAAUUCGUUCCAUUUGAGUUGCGAUGCACUUGAUUGAGUUGCUCAUGUUCCUGCGUAAAGGCACGCGCCUCUCUUUCUGUCGGAAGCGACUGCACCUACAGCGGUACCCAUAGUUCGGUGACAUGCUAGGCGUUUGGCUGGGUACAACUGCGCGAUACGGACCGGUUGAUA